UGUUAAGUUUUUACAAAGCACAGAUAAAACAACUGUAUUCCGCUCAUGUUGAAGAAAUAUCAUUUGAUGAAACAGAAUUGAUAAAGGAAAGAGUAAGCGGAUUGAUAAAUAACCUUACAAAUAAUAUGAAUAUCGACUAUCUUCAAGAUAUUGAAUUUCUACCAAAACCACCACUCAUCGUAAUUUCUGUAAACGCUUUUACGAUUGAUUGCUCAACACAAGAUGUCGAGAGCGAAAUAUAUUUCCAUCUAAUCGAGUCACACGGGAAACGAAGAAUGGUGACGCUUCCCGCCAUUACUAUUAAAAAGCACUUUAAGUCGGGAUAUUUAACAGAGAUGGACGUUACUGUUGCUGUAAUUGAGGCAGAAUCCCAAGAUAUUUCAACUAUAUUGAUCAUGCCUGGACAGCAAGGAGGUAUACUACAAAAGGAUAGCUUAACGAAUAUGGAAGCGAAGUUUCUACAGGGCGAUUUUUCACGAAAUAUUGAUUUGUUACUGCACAAUAUCAAACCAGUAUUCCGCUCUCUUCAACUGCCUCGUAUCCAUAUCAAAUCUGUUAUGAACAAUUCAGAGCAGUUAUUCGAACUAGGACUAAGCGAUCUACUAUUUAGCAACACAACGAACUUAAAAGGUCUUCAAGGAAUCACCACAACUAAUAUUCAUCUCUCAGAAAUGUUACAAGUCAAUCAUAUUAUACUUUGCAAAAUGAUAAACCAGAAGCCACAGUCGACAGUUUUUGAGCAAACAGAUUAUAAUGGUUUAUAUUUUCCAACAGAAACGAUUCAAGGGACGGCUAAUCACAGACAGACAUCACCAGAUAACGAAAAUACAACUAUCAGAUUUAAUAAACCAUUUAUGUUCGUAAUAAGACAUAAUUUAACACGAAUGAUUUUAUAUAUAGGGAGAUUUAACCCUAUUUAA